AUGGCCCAAGAUCGGAAAACUAUGCAAUGUUACUUACUAGUAUAUGGUACAGACAGUAGUUAUAACCCAUGGGUGAGUUACGGAGAAAAUGAUAAACAAGAUGGUAAUAUCGAAAAUGAUGAGAACACGAUGGAGGUCUCAAAUGACGAAGAGGAUGAAAUGCCUUUUGAUGACAUGGCUCCAUUGGUUUUUGAUGCAACAAAUGCAUGGAAUAAUAAUACUACAACUUCUGAAGUUCCCAUUGAUAGUGACAGUAGUUAUAACCCAUGGGUGAGUUACGGAGAAAAUGAUAAACAAGAUGGUAAUAUCGAAAAUGAUGAGAACACGAUGGAGGUCUCAAAUGACGAAGAGGAUGAAAUGCCUUUUGAUGACAUGGCUCCAUUGGUUUUUGAUGCAACAAAUGCAUGGAAUAAUAAUACUACAACUUCUGAAGUUCCCAUUGAUAGUGGUAACACCAUGGAGUUUGGUUCUAGUAGUUGCAAUGAUGAAACCCCUAAUAAGGAGUUCAUGACGACGUUACUUAAAGAUAUAGAGGUCGAGUUGUAUCCAGGGUGCAAGACAUUUAAAAGAUUGGAGUUUCUUGUCACAUUACCACACAUCAAAGUUAGUAACAAGUGGAGUGAUAAGUCUUUUUCAAUGUUAUUGAGUGCAUUGCAUAGGGCAUUUAAUCAUGAUAAAAAGUUUCCAGCAAAUUCUUAUGAAUCAAAAAAAUAUACAAAAGCACUAGGAUUAGAUUAUAUAAAGAUUGAUGCUUGUGUAAACCAUUGCAUUUUGUUUCGGAAGGAGUUUGCAAAUGAAGAAAAAUGCCCUAAAUGCUUGGCUCCUAGAUGGAAGGACAAAGUUGUGCAAGGUGGUGAUGUAUCUUCAGGGGAUGAAGGCGACGAAAGUGUUGCCGGAAAAAAAACUCGAAUUCCUCAAUUAGUUUUACAUCAUUUUCCUCUUAUUCCAAGGUUGCAAAGAAUGUUUGUGUCCUCAAAAUUAGCAAAGCAUAUGCGAUGGCAUAAGGAUGAACGCCCAAAUGAUGAGGUAAUGAGGCACCAAGCUGAUUUAGAAGCAUGGAAGUCUUUGGAUACCCUAUAUCCAGAAUUUGCUGCUGAUGCUCGUAAUAUACGCUUGGGUUUAGCAAGUGAUGGAUUUAAUCCUGGGGCUAACAUGAGCAGCAGAUAUAGCAUUUGGCCAGUAAUGUUAGUGCCAUAUAAUUUACCUCCUUGGAUGUGCAUGAAAAGUGACAAAAUUAUCUUAUCUUUGCUAAUUCCUGGUCCUAAAUCUUCAGGGAAUGAUAUAAAUGUUUUUUUGCAACCUUUAAUUGAUGAACUUAAAGAAUUGUGGGAGAUAGGAGUAAAACCUUUUGAUGCUCAUACCAAGCACACUUUUAAUAUGCGAGCAGUGUUGGUGUGGACUAUUAGUGACUUUCCAGCUUAUGCUAAUCUUUCUGGUUGGAGCACUAAAGGGAAACUUGCAUGUCCUUAUUGUCAUAAAGAUACACGAUCAUUUUGGUUAAAACAUGGGCGCAAAUACUGUUAUAUGGAUAAUCGAGUGUUUUUAGAGACAGAUCACAAAUGGAGACGUAAUAGGAGUGCAUUUGGUGGGAAAGUCGAACGGGGUCCUCCUCCUACUCCACUUACAGGACAUGAUGUUUUAGAGAAAUUAAGUGGCUAUUCAAAUGUGGAGUUUGGAAAAGGUGUUACUAAAAAAAGGAAAAAAGGCGAACAAUACAUCGUGCAUCAGUGGAAGAAGGAAAGUUGUUUCGUUCAAUUUCCAUAUUGGAGGCAUCUUUUAGUGCGACAUAACUUAGAUGUUAUGCAUACUGAAAAAAAUGUAUGUGAAAGCAUAUUAGGCACACUACUUGAUUUAUCAGGAAAGAACAAAGACUCCUUAAAUGCUCGAUUGGACUUAGAUAGUAUGAAGAUGCAUAGUCAGCUACGUGCAACAUAUUUAGGAGAUAAAAAGUGGAAAAUCCCUCCGGCAUCUUACAACCUAACUUUGAAUGAACGGAGGAAAAUAGUUACCUUUCUGUCAAAGCUGGCUUUUCCAGAUGCUUAUGCUUCAAAUAUAUCGCGGUGUACUUCUUUACAAGAUGGAAAGAUCAUGGGAAUGAAAACUCAUGAUUAUCAUGUUUUCAUGCAAGAUUUGCUCACGCCUGCCUUUAAAGGUGUCAUAGAUGAGAAGGUUUUGGAACCUUUCAGGGAGCUUAGUUUAUUUUUUAAACAAUUAUGCUCAAAAACUUUGAAGGUUUCCGACUUAAAGCAAAUGGAAUCAAACAUUGCAGUCACCUUGUUCAAGUUAGAACGUAUAUUCGUUCCUGCAUUUUUUGGUGUGAUGAUACAUCAUCCAAUGCACUUAGCCACUGAAGCUAGGAUGGCUGGCCCUGUGCAUUGUCGCUAG